AUGGAUGAUACUCUAUGUGGAAAAUUAGAUCUUUUGAGGACGUAUUUACCUGAUGAAUUAGGCGAAACUGGAACACUCGCUCUUGAUGAAAAUACGAAUUUUAUGCAAUAUUGCCCUGAGAAAGAUUCAGGAGGAAAUGAAUGCAGUAAUAAUCUCGAUAAUAUUACGGCUGGAUUCUUAUGGUUACUUGAACAAUGUUAUUCUGCAAUCAUAAGUAAAACUUAUAGUGAAGAUAAUACUAAUGCAUUUUUUCUAUAUAUGAUUUCAUGGUUUAGUUACAAAUUAAAUCAAAACUCAGAGCCAAAGUCCACAAAAAUAUACGAUUUUUAUACAAAAAAUGUAAUAAAUAGUAAUAAGUAUAAUAAAUUUAAAAAAGAUGCCUAUACAAUUUCAGGUCUUGAGGGAUUCAUAAAUAAAAAAAAAGAUUUGUUGGAUAUUAGUAUUGAAGAUAUGUCUAAAUUUUAUGAUGUGUUCAAAUUAUUAUGUAGUAUGUAUGCUAAUAAAUCCAUGAAUACAGAUGCCAACAAACUGUUAAAUGCUGCUAUUAUCUUUGUUAAAAAAUAUCAAGAACUUAAAAGAAAUUAUGAUAAUACUAAUGACAGUUCAUGUAAACAAAUAUUGUCUAUUUUAUCAACUGAUUAUGAUAAUUUAAAAAAUAAAAGUACCAACAUUACAUCUCUUCCAGAGAUAACAGCAGACAUUUCUGCAUUAGCAUCUACAUUUGAAGAUGCAUCAUCAAGUUCGCCGAUGGGAAGCAAAUUAUUUACAGUUUUAUCGAUAUUUGGUGCAAUAGCAUUUUUUUUAGGAAUUUCUUAUAAGUAUUCGUUAUUUGGAUUUCGGAAACGAGCUCAAAAACAAUAUUUAAGAGAAAAAAUAAAAAAUAUAAAGAAGAGAAUGAAUAAUUAA